CAAGCAAGAGUAGGAGAAAGCAAGAGAAAUUGAGGGAGAGCUCUUGUGAGAGAAAAGAAAAAGAGAAAUUGUGAGAAAUCCUUGUGUAGAUUAAGAGAGAGUAUUAGAGAGAAUUUGGGAGCUUCUAUAGAUUGAAACUAAGGGUUGAGAGCUUCUUAAGUGAGAGAACUUCCAAAUUAUUGUACUCUUUUUCUUAAUAGUGGAUUUAUUUCUCUCUUUCCCGUGGACGUAGACUUGUUGAGAGGUGUACAAGUCGAACCACGUUAAAUUGUUGUCUCAAUUUCUUUAUCACUUUCGUUUGUGUGGGAUUGUGGUGUUCGAAAUUCCCAACAAGUGGUAUUAGAGCUAUUGGUAGAGCUCCUGGUGUUGUGGCAAAAUGCAAACUGAAGUCAUGAAGUAUUCAAUUGAGUUGUUCGAUGGCAAAAAUGACUUUGCUCUAUGGCAAAGCACUAUGAAGGAUGUUCUUACUUGUCAAGGACUUGAUGCAGCUUUAGAAGAGACCAAGCCAGCUGAGGUGAGGGAUAGUGAUUGGAGCACUAUCCAAAAGAAGGCAGCAAGGCAAAUUCGGCUGGCGCUUGCAUCGGAGGUAAAAUACAACGUCCUUUCAGAGACUACUCCAAUAGGCAUGUGGAGAAAACUUGAAGAGAUAUAUGCUUCAAAAUCUUUAACCAAUCGAUUGUGUUUAAAGAUGGAGCUAUAUCAAUUGAAGAUGGCAGAAGGCACUAAUAUUCACAAGCACUUAUCUGAUUUCAACAUGAUGGUGACACAAGUAGUGAAUGCCGGGGAUGUUCUAGAAGAAGAGGAAAAAGCUUUGCUUUUACUUGCAUCCUUGCCAAAGUCUUACAAGUCCCCAGUACAGAGCAUGCUAGUGGGUAAGACUACCUUGGUGAUGAAAGAUGUCACAUCCAUGUUGUUGGAGAAUGAUAAGUUUCUUGGGGAGGAUGAUGGUGCCAAUCAAACUAAUGCUUUGGUGAUGGAGCACUCUCGGGGAAGAUCCAAUGGACGUGGAGGUGGAGGAAAUCGAGAAAGGUUGAAAUCCAGACCUAAGAAGGAUUAUGGUGAAGUGUAGUGUUUUUAUUGUGGUGAAUUGGGUCACAAACAGUAUAAAUGCCCAAAGUUUAA